AUGACCAAGAGCCUCUCUGUGUCGUCUGAGGAACUCAAGCCUGCACUUAAUCAUAUUAAAGAAAAACUGAAGAGGUUUACUGACGUUGAACAAGAAUGUAAGAAAACAGCUGAACACAUCAAGAGUCAGGCCCAGCACACAGAGAGGCAGAUAAAGGCAGAGUUUGAGAAGCUCCACCAGUUCCUGCGAGAGGAAGAGGAGGCCAGACUAGCUGCUCUGAGAGUGGAAGAUGAGCAGAAGAGUCGGAUCAUGAAAGAGAAGAUAGAAAGCAUCACAGGACACAUCUCCACUCUUACAGACAAAAUCAUUGCUAUAGAGAAGGCCAUGGACACUGAAGACACCUCCUUUUUACAGAGCUACAAGAACAUCAAGGAAAGCCUUUUAAAUAUCAUUCUUCUUGUGGUGCUGGACCCCAAUACUGUAUGUGCCACUCUCUCCCUCUCUGAUGAUCUGACCACUGUGAGACACACAGAUACAAAGCAGAAAUAUCCUGACAAUCCAGAGAGGUUUAGCUACUGUGCGUUUGUGCUGGGAUCUGCGGGGUUUACCUCAGGGAAACACAGCUGGGAGGUGAAGGUUGGGAAUAAAUCUGAUUGGACUAUAGGGGUGAUGAAAGAGUCCAUCAGUAGGAAGGGAAAUAUAACAUACUCCCCAAAGAGAGGAUUCUGGGUCUUAAUGCUGAGGAAUGGUGGUAGGUACAGAGCAGCUGGAGUUACUGACCUCACACUGAAGAGGAAACCCCAGAGCAUCAGAGUGCAGCUGGACUAUGACAGGGGGGAGGUGUCCUUCUUUGACUCCAGUGACAUGUCACUCAUUUACACUUUUAAAGACACAUUUACUGAGAGAGUCUUCCCAUUCUUCUCUCCACAUUUGAGAACAGAUAACAAUGAUGGAUCCCUGCAAAUAUGCCCAGUGAAAAUCUCUGUAAAAGUGAAGUCAAUCCAGUGAAGGUAUUUGUUUUAAAAAAAAGAACAAAGUAGAGAUGUUGUACUUGGAAAUAACUUUUGUUGUUUCUAAUGUGUCUCAGCAUGCCUGGUUUCUGACUUGGGUACUCUGGGGUAGACUUGCUGGAGAUGUGAAUUGAUCAAGGUGAGGUGGUUGAUGGCCUACCAGAAAUAAGUGGGAGGCAGACAUACA